GUUUAUUUCAAGUCCAACGCAGAUAGCCAGUCGUGAUUUAAUGCUCGUUUUAAAACGUGGGUUCCUUUGGUGCUUCCUGCAGUCACAAGAAUAAUGCAGAGGUGAAGAUAGCAGCAUUGGUGCUGUUACUGAAGGCUGCCUCCUCCAUCUCUUCUUCACUCAGAACAUCAGGCAAAUCAUGGAUAUCACAGGAACAACGGCAAUAAGUGAACCUGGUGCUGGAGAAAUCCAAGUUAUGGAGACAAAAUCCAAACGCCAGCCAGAGGAAGCAACUCCCCAAAGCUUCAAGACCUACAAACGACGGUUUUGGAUCCUGGGAAUCUUCUCCUUUUUAGCCUUCUUCCAGUGUCUGCAGUGGAACUUAUGGGGCCCUUUAAGUGAGAGUGUGGACUUUGCUUUCGAUGGAUUUGGUUCGGGCACAGUGGCCAUGAUCGCCAACUGGGGCACCAUUAUGUACCUACUAUUCGCAUAUCACACUGUUCGCAUUAUGGAUAAAAAAGGGACUCGCGUUGCAGUCCUUAUCAUAGCAGUUUCUGUUACUGUCGGGACCGUCCUGAGGGCUGGAGCUCUCUUAAUUAAUUCGGAUAUCCUGUUUAAAGUGAUGUGUCACAUAGGAGCCAUCGUGAAUGGGGCAGUGGGUCCCAUUGUCAUGAUAUCACCUCCUGUGAUAGCUGCCGUGUGGUUUCCUCCAAAUGAGAGAACAACAGCUACAGGUUGCGGACAGCUCAUUAACGUUCUGGGAAAUGCCGGCAGUUAUCUACAACCCCUAAUUGUUAGAUCACCUACACAUGCUACCAAGGAAGAGAUAAGAUCAGAUAUUGCUAGGCUUCUAUAUAUCUAUGUGGGAGUUUCCGUGGUGGUUUUAGUUUCAAUCGCUUUAUACUUCCCAGCGAAGCCUCCAACUCCUCCCUCCGUCUCGUCUACUAAGGAAAGAAUAGAUGUCAUGGGCAGUGCUACUACACUAGUCAGGAAUUCUGACUUCCGAUUGACAGUUAUAUCCAUGGUGUUCUGCGUCUCUGUGCCAGCUGCGUGGUACACAGUUCUAAAUUUCUCUCUGGAAGAAAUAGAAAUCGGCCAGGAUGAAGCAAUGGGAAUAGGAUUCUUGGCAGUGUUGUGUUCUACCAUUUUUGGGAUCCUGAUCACCCGCAUAACGGAUAUGCUGUAUGGUCAUCUCAAGGUCUCCCUGAUAAUCCUGAUGAGCUUUGACAUCGCUUUCUUCUACUGGUUCUUUCUGCUGACCUGGGGAUGCAUCGAAGUCACUCAGUGGCAGGUUUAUGUGUCUAUAAUCAGCGGAAUGAGCCUCAACGCUGCCACAAUACCCCUCUUCACCGAACUGGCCGUUGAGUUUGCAUACCCCUGCUCAGAGCUGGUUGUGGCUGCAUUUUUCACCUUCGGAAUGAACGUUCUUGGCACCGUCUUCCUGUUCCUGUUCAUGAUUCCCAAUAUCGGUUACGAUUGGGUAACGUAUGCGUUACUGGCAACGGGCUCCACCUCAAUCCUUUUACUCGUUUUCGUAGAAGAGAAUUACAGGAGAACGAACGUGGAUAAACAGGCUUGUGAGAAAGGUCAAUGAACGCCAGCCCACUCAAGUUUUCACCGGAAGAAUUAUAUUUUUUCUUAAUUCUCUUCAUUCUAUAAUUCAGUGAAUUGAUAGAAAAAAUAUAUUCUUACUUCACAUUAGACAUGUAACGCCAGUUCAAAGAAGUUAUCAGUCAGUGAAAAUGCGCAUAUCACUUUAAAUCAAACGGGUUCUGAACUACAAAGAAUGCCAUGUUUACUUCGCUACAAAACUAACACUACGAUGCAUACCAUACAUCCUUAUAAACAGGAUACAGUUUUCUGUUCAUGUAUUUUGAAUACAACUACAGGUGAUCGUAACUGACAUAAGGCCACCCUCGUCAGAAUUUACCACAGAUUGCACUUCAUAGGCAUUACUCAGCCUUUCAGACUACUCCGACUUCUCUUGUUCCAGUCUUAAGAGUUUUAUUUUGACGUAAAUAAACACACA